AUGGCCGAACAAGCAACAGAAGAAGAUAUCCUCCUCGCCAAGCGCAUCAUUUCGGCGGCAGAGCGUCACGAUGUGCCGGCGUUGACCGUCCUGCUCAAAGAUGGCUCGGCAAACGUGCAAGACCCCACAGCAACAGUAUCAACAUCACCACUACACGCAGCAACCGCAGCAUGCGGUAAGGCUGAAGACGGAAAGGAGGCUGGCGAUGCCGCCAUCCAAACCGUAGAGACCCUCCUCCAAAAUGGCGCCAUCUGGAACGACCUCAACAAGGAAGACGAGACACCAGGAUGCAUUGCCCUCCGCCUAGGCCAAAAGAAGAUCUACGAAAUGAUGGUCGAAGCCGGUGUCCGCGCUGAGAUCCUCUUCGCGCGCCUAGAAGCCCUUGGCAUGGGCGACAACGACGUGGAGGAAGCAUUCGAAGAAGACACCACCGAGCAGCCCGCCGCCAAGAAACAAAAGGUCUCCGCCGAGGACGCCAAAGCCGUGGAACAAGUCGUCGAAGAGAAGAUACUUGACGACGUCUCCCUAGACAACAAAGCAUACCUGAAAUCCCAACUCCGCUACAAACCUGGCAUUCUCCUCGACGAAUCCGACAACGCUGUCAUGAUGGACUGGGAAACGCAAAUCAUGCAACGCCACGCCGAGACCCUUAUCCCCAAAUCCGGUCUUCGGACUAUGAAUGUAGGUCAUGGUAUGGGUAUUGUCGAUACGGCGAUUCUCACGCAUGACCCCGCGGAACACCACAUCAUCGAAGCGCACCCGCAAGUGCACCAGCGGCUGCGUGAGCAAGGCUGGUACGACAAGCCCAAUGUCAAGAUCCACGAAGGCAGGUGGCAAGAUAUCUUGCCCAAGCUAGUGGAGCAGGGCGUUGUGCUAGAUGCGAUCUACUACGAUACUUUUGCCGAGGAUUACAAGGCGCUCAAGGAGUUUUUCGCGGAGUAUGUGGUUGCGCUUUUGGCCAAGGACGGAAAGUUUGGGUGGUAUAAUGGGCUCGGGGCUGAUCGCCAGAUCUGCUAUGAUGUUUAUACCAAGGUUGCUGAGAUGGAUCUGUACGAGGCGGGCUUUGAUACGCAGUGGGAGGAUAUCGAUGUGCCGAAGGGACUGCAUGGGAGUGAUCAGUGGGAGGGAACUAGAAGGCCGUACUGGACGAUUGAUGUUUACAGGUUGCCUGUCAACACUUUCGUUAAGUAG